AUGUCGACCAUGCACCUGGGACGCACCAUAAAGUCGCUGCGGGCGAGACUAGAAGAGCAGCAGCAGCAGCAGCAGCAAGAGGAUCAGCAACGGCAACACCAGCAGCAGCUACCACCAGGGCUGAUUGCCUCGCCUAGCCCCGACCAGCUGGGCGUGAGGAGGGAUACGGAUGGGGAGGUGGCGCAUGAUGGCGCGGAGUAUGAGGCCGCAGCAGAUGAGACGACCGUGGCAACUCAUCCUUCUUGGGGCUCCCCAGCCGACAACGGCAACGAAGAGCCCGCCGGGCCUGCUGAAGGGCAGCCCGCACCAACAGUAGUCGACGAGCUAGAAGGGGGGUCUAAGCACGCGGAAGAUGCUGCCGCUUGCGACAGCGUCAUUGCCGCGCGAGAGCAACACGGCUCUCUUGAGCAGCGAGAAGACCCGACAGACCGCCGGGUCAAGCUUUCGACGCCAAGAACCUCCGCCGCUGCCGCCGCCACCACCGCCGGUGCCGGUGCCGGUAUUGGGGGGAUCACUUCUCGGCAAGCGACUUCGGACGCUGAUGUUUCGGCACGGUUCUCUAAGGAACAGGUGCACGAAGCAAAAGAAAACCAGAACGUAAGCUCUGGUGCCCAGAGCGGGCGUAGCACAGCUACCACCGGUGGCCGCGGGAUCGUUGGUACGGCCGCGGCUGCCGGAAUACUGGGUGCUUCAGGUACCACCCCCGCCGAAGAAGAACCCGUAGGAGUGUCGAAGGAAGGAGUGGAGACCAGCAGCACAGGCCUUGGCGAAGCCGAGGCUACAGCGGCGGAAGCAGCGGCGGCAGCAGCCGCAGCGGCCGGCGCGGACGGAGACCAGGUGAAGGUUUCCAAGGAGGAGGAGGAGGAAGAAGGGAUUAACGAACGGGCUCAAAGAGACGAGGCAAUGGAGGAGGAGCUGGAAGCGGCGGCCAUUCGGGAGAUUCUCGGCCUGCGCUCCGCCCAGGACCGAAAGGUGCAGGUGGCCGCCGCCCGGGCGGUGGAAGCCCUGCCGCCCACACAGCGGGAGUGCUUCGAGGACGUUAAGGCGUUCGCUUUCGGGGGGGCGAACGAAGGUAAGGAAGGAGCGGGUCUCUCCGAGGAGGAAGUGGAGGCGCUGAACACGGUAGCCAUCUGUGGCGACCGGGACGGCGUGGUGUUGGCCUUCCUGCGGCAUUCGAAGUUCGACGUCCGUAAGGCCAAGGAAUCCAUGCGCCGGUGCUGCGCCUGGAGGAAGGAGAACGAGGCGGACGACCUCUUCAAGCGUGCAGUGUCCCCAGCCAAGAUGAAAAAGUACCGCACGCACUGGCCUACGGGUUUCCACAAGCAGGACCGCGCGGGGCGGCCGGUAUUCUACGACCGCGUCGGGCAGUCCGACCUCUCCAAGCUUCGGGAGGACCCAGACGGGCUCGAUCAGGACGAGAUGGUUCAGAUCUUCACACAAAACAUGGAGGUGCGGCGUCGCUUCGUGCUGACUCGGCUCAGCCGCGAGGCCGGCCGUCCGGUGGACCAGAUGACCACAGUUCUGGACCUGACCGGGCUUGGCAUGAAGCACAUGAGGCAAGCCAAGGAGGCCAUGGCGUACACCCGGCGCAUCAGCGACGUAUUCCAGGACAACUACUCCGGCAUGACCUCCUCCUUGCUGAUCCUGAACGCCCCCUGGGUGUUUAGUAAGGGUUGGCAGGUUGUCGAAAGCUUUUUGAGUGAGGACACCGUGGCGAAGGUGAAGGUGCUCGGCAAGGGGGAGGCAGGUCUAAAACAACUCGAAGAGUACAUUCCCAAGGAGAACAUCCCGGAGUUCUUGGGAGGCGAGUCGCGCGCAGUUAUCGGCCCCUCAGACCCCCUUUGGUCGGACGUCGACCGCGCGGUGCGGUUGUGGGGCGACGACGGCGACCCUUUCCUCGACCCAAGCGAAGUGAAACGAGUCUCGCGACGCAUCGCGCGCGAACGUACGUCUUCCGCUUCGAAGUCGAAGUCGAAGUCGAAGUCGAAGUCGAAGUCGAGGGCAAGAUCGAGGUCAGCGAUUGCCGCAUCAGGAGCGAAAGGUGUGCAAGAGGAAGCGGUGCCAUCCCCAGUUACCGCAACCACGGGCGCCGUGGAAAGGGACAGCAAAAGGGGUGCUGCUGACUGUGGUAAAAAAGUAAGGGUUACAUCGUCGCGGGAAGCGGCGGCUGCCUCGGUAUCGCGAGUUCGGAAGACGACCCGCAGCAGCAGCAGUAAACGGAGUAAGCGCCAACUGGGCGUGCCGGACUCAGGGAAGACAGUCAAGGGAGAAAGCGAAGGGGGAUUGGGGCAUGCUGGCGGAGAGCCAGCGGUCGACGGCGAGGAGCACGAAGAUAGGAAGAGGAAGAACCAUCACCGGCAGCGCGAUGGGCUCGUCUCCAGCGAGGGCACCACGGGAGCAGGACCGCCGAGCUUGUCCUCCUACCGUCGGGCGUCGUCAUUGUCGGUCUCGCGGAGAGCGGCUUCAGACGAGGCCGGCUCUCCUUCCCGCAAAACGCGGGGAAGUAAGAGGACCACCCCUCAGGAGGAUUACUCGGAAGAGGGACUUGGCACCGAGGAUAUCAUCGGUGAUGACGGUAAAGCGGUGGCGUUGGGAGACACCGUGAUCGGCGAAAGGGCACUCCAGGGUGUCGCGAAGGCUCUGGGGCCAGUGUUGGGGGCGUACUUCUUGCAGAUCGUGGCCGGUUUGGCAUCGGUCGGAAGAGUCCUGUGGGGUACCGUGGAGAGUGUUCUUUUGCUCUUGAGGGAUCUAUUUUUCGAGCAGAUCGAGGUGGAAGAGUAAAGUGUGAAAAAAAUGCGUGGGGCUCUCAGUUGAUUUUGUUGUGUUGGUCAUACGAGUUACGUAUGACCUUCGGGUCGCAUGUGUGUCUCGUAUCGCAGCCGAAGUGGAAGGGGCGCUUCUAAGGAGCCCUAAUUUGCGGAGGAGAGCGUCUUUCGCACCGCGAAAGUAUGGCAGCUUGAGGGAUGACUGACCUGGCCUUGAGAAUGUAUCGUUUUCGUUUCAAGACACUCUUCCACUGACUAGCCGACUGUGUGUCGACGUAUGUACUUCACUCCAGAGCGAUGUUGGAGGGAAUGCGACAGUUCAAAGUUUUCCCGAGGUAUGAUUUUGUUCGAGUUAAGCAAGAGAUCGAAGUUUUCAGCCCUGGUUUCGGGAGAUAAGUUGCGGUUCCCCCGUGGUUCAAUUUGUAGCUGAUUUCUGCGGGCUUUCGUUUAGUUUUCGCUGCUAGUAUGCAUAUUUUGCAGGAAGGAUGUAUCGAGCAUGCUGUUCUGCUAUUGCUGGCGUCUUGUUUCUUUCGUUUUAUAUGCAAUUUUUGACUGCAAGUCGCCUCCUACCCGUUGGCUCUGUAUCGAUGAGCUACGUAGACUCGGAGAUCAGCGUAGGGGGGCGUAUUGUUUCAAGUAGGUUGGUAAACCGUCGUGCCGCUGCGCUGUUUUGUUCAAUUUUGAAACCACGAGUGAGCAAGAGAUGGAUUCUUCGCAACCUCCUUUUCCGUAUCCGGAAGAGCCGUUAUCCUCUUGAGCAUCAUCUGGCUACGCUUGGACGCUUGGAUAGCUCCCUCAGCCGCGGGGAGGUGGAACUCUUGGUCCGCGCCAUCCGCCUGAGUGCUCACUUUUUCAUGUGGCGAUUGUGUGCGGGAUUUCGAGCCUGGUGGGGCUCACGCCUGAAAGGCUGUCAUCACCAGGGCCGUUUUCGAGGGGAUGCAAUCUACUUCUUCAACCCAAGAGUUUUGUUUGUUUUUUUUUGCGUUUUCGCAUUUAGANCCAUUUUCCAACAGUAUCGCUGUUAGAAAUGGGGGGGGGUACCCCCUGGUCACACCCCGAUCGUGCCAGAACGAGGAACUACACCGUCUGCUGGCCAAACAGAGGCCAGUAUCACGAGGUCAUGCACAAAUUCUCUGCAGGUAACUAAAAUUCAGGGCGUUCUGCAUCGUGUUGGCCGCACACGAGCCGAAAACGUCAACCCUGCCACAUUGCUCUGCUGACAUUCUUGCCUUCGGUCGAAAAGAGCUGUCUUUGCGCCUGUUGCAUGGAUGGGUGAUCAGUUCAAAACGCAUGCCAGUGAGAGGCCUUAAGCCGUCGACAUCCACAAACUGCAGCCAAUGGCGUGUGGUCAUACUCAUACCCUCUGCUCGCGUACCAGAAACAGAGCGUGUUGUCCAGUUUUGAUCGCACACGGCCUGCAAACGUGAACCAAAGUGUGUUGCGGUGUUGACUUUUUGGUCUUGUUUCCUGUUCGGCCGCGUGUGCGUUUGCUUCGCGUGUCGCCCGCGACCAGUCAAAAACGCAUGCCAGAGGGAGGCCUUUGGCCGACGACAUCCACAAAUAGCAUCCAGUGGCGUGUGGUCAUACACAUACCCUCUGCUCGCGUCCCAGAAACAGAGCGUAUUUAUUGUCCAAUUCUGAUUGCACACGGCCUGCAAACGUCAAUCGGUGUGGUUCGGUGUUGCCUUUUUUAGACGUUGCUUUUUUUUCUGCGGCUUGCUCCGAGUCCAGUGUGAUCAGUGUACAACGCAUGCCAUCAGAGAGAGGCCUUUGGCCGACGACAUCCACAAACUGCAGCCACUGGCGUGCGAUGAUACACAUGCCCUCUGCAGGUGACCCAUAAACAGGGCGUUCGGUGUCUUGUUGGUCGCACACGAGCCAAAACCUGUAUCAGCCUCUUUUUUCCCUUCAGAAAAAAAAAAAACUCGAGGAACAGCAGUAAGACGGUCGUUGGGAUCUUGAAAAAAAAUUCCGUGCAGGCCACCCCCCCGGACGCGAGAAAAAAAAAAUAUCCGAAAAACUCACGCCGUAAGACUCAGCCUCAUGAGCUUUUUUUGUUGGUCAAGAGAAGGAGAGAAAGAAUUGCAUGUCUUCCACUGUUUUGUCGUGUUGACAAUAAAUUGUGCAAAUAAUGAGAUGGUGCUUCUGUGGGGUAUAUCGCCGACGCGAUUGAACCCUCAAUUUCUACUCCCUUCCCUGAUCGAAUAAAAUUAUCGUCUGAUGUUCUGGGAUAUCCCGACCAAUACACGGGUCUGGGCUGAAGUUUGACUUGCCAGAUGUACUUAGAAAACAAGACUUCCAGGAAUGACGCGCCAAUUCACCACUAGCACAGUUUUUUCGUAAACGUGUAGCAAGUUCCCAAAUAAACUAGCAGAUUAUCAGAUGCCUUUGGCCAUCAGGGAGCAACUCCAGUAUAACUAACAACCAGAAGGUCGUCGAACCUCAACCCAAGGAACAUGCCAACCCACCGCUCAACUCACUUCUAUGAGGCAAUCCAAAGCGCCUUGAAAUAUGAACUGUAUGAUUCUCCAAUUCGCUUCGCAAACAGUCUUCACGCCCCAUACUCUGCCCCUAUGAUUAUUACGGCAUAGUUAGUAGCCCUUUUUGCACCGCGUUGUGUGCCGGGGAGCAAAACGUGCACACAAGGUGUUUACUAUUAGCAAGACGCCCCCGCGCCCUUACAAAUCCGUCGGCGGAGGUGAAUUGAUCGUUCUUUGCGCUCCGCCCUACUCAGCAUCUUAGCUACGCCAAGAUUCAGUCGCACUCUUUCAGAAUCGCCCAACACCUGGGACCCCCUGAAGCGAUCGUGGCGAAAAGAGUUGUUACGGCGGAUGGUGGUCCAAGUGCAAAUGAUAGUACAAGUCCAAGCACUUUCAACAAUAAACCAGGUGAUCAUCGGCAGUGCACAUCCAGACCGACACACACAAAACGUGCCAAUCUUUCUCGCACAAGAACUUCUUCCACUGUUGUUCCCCCUCCCGCAGCAUGCUUCACACUGAACCCCACGGCAAUUUGUCAACAACGCCAUCGAUUCCGUCUGCACACGAAGACCGAUGACCACACUAGAUCACACCUUCGAUCUG